AUGUUAGAUUUGAAACAUCAGUGUGUGGUCAGCACGACUUUCCUCGGCAAGGAAUAUGCCACAGUUCGUUACGUCUGGGGCAUGGUUGCAUUCCCCAAGUUGAUCAGACAGAACGUGGCAGCCCUCAGCAGACCUGGCGCACUGAAUCCACAUAAUCCGAAUCUUGCAGUACAUAGGGUUGUGAAGGAUGCUAUGAUCUUGGCCAAGUCCCUUGGGCUUCGGUAUAUCUGGGUUGAUAGUCUGUGCAUUGUUCAGGACGAGGAACACGAUUGGGAGUAUAUGGUCCCACUGAUGGAUCGCAUUUAUGGAAGCGGUGUUGUCAAUAUUUGUGCUGCUGCCGGCCAAGACUGCUCAGCCGGACUGCCUGGAACACCAUUGAACACUCGCGGUGCCGUGCAGCCAGUGAUCACUCUCUUUGAGAUGAAGUUGUUGGCCGUAAGGGCGAUCGAGGACGUCAUCCGGCGGUCGGCAUGA